ACGACGGAGCGCCAUCCAUCAACGUUCUGCACAGUUUUGAGAAAAAGAAGACGGUAUUGAUGGUUUCGAUGUCAGUGCUGUAGUGACCUUACGUCAGUCCUUCUGUCGUAUAUAGUGAUCUUAUGUUGCAGACUCGUGGGAAAAGUUAAGUUUCCUCUUGCUAUUGAAAGGUCAUUGUUUGCUAGCGAUGCACCAAAGUUUCAAAACAUCAUCAUUUAUUUGUAGCUUGUUACCUCCCUCGAAGAAAUGUCAGUCAUUUUCUUUGUAUAUUUACCAAUACAAAGAGGCAAGUUGCUGUCAGCUAUCAUGUUGUUUUCCACAGAAUCUGGAUGGGGACACUGUUUUCCAUCACACACAACUGAGUGUCCGGAGCCCUCUGUCAUGACCCUCAGUGCCAAGAUGGAGGAGUGGCUCUGUGCUCCAGGGACACCAAGGAGGAGGACGCCGCUGCCUUUGGGUCAGCUGGUGGAGGAAAGCAAGAACAGAGCGAAGAUUCCAAACCAUCUGCUGGAAACCAAAAUCUAUGCCAAAAUGAGCAGCGCAUUGAUCCAAGCAGAACCUUCUGAACUUCACUUCAGUGGGUUUCAGCCCGGAAAGGAGUACCUCAAGAGUCUGAAACUCAUCAACAUCUCAUCUGAAGUCAUGAAUAUUCACAUCAUCCCAACCCAGACUGAGCACUUCCACACCACCUACACCAAAAAGUAUCGACUCAUACCAGGCCUCGCUUACACCGUCAACAUCCAUUUCUGCCCGGAUGAGUGGCGCUACUUUCAAGACUGUGUUCGGGUUCACUGCAAGGGGGAAGAAAACCUGUUAAUUCUAGUUCAUGCCUACCCAGUCAUCGAUGACCUGCACAUCCCUCCGCGUAUCGAUUUACCAGCCGUGCCAAUUGGACACCGUGUAAUCCAUGCCAUUCCUCUGAGAUGUAGCUGUCCCAUCGACUUUGAGUUCCAGCUGCGUGCUAUCCAGCCUCAUGAGGCCUUUUCCAUUCACCUCAUGUCAGUGGAUCCUCCUGCUCAGCCCGGACACGGACAUGACAGCAUCAAAAGGUCGUCCAUCCAUGGCAUCGAUUCAUGUGCAACUAUGAAGACACUCAAGGCUGGUUUUGGCUCUUCUGACCCUCUCACAGGUGUCAUUCCAGCCAAUGGGGAGGUGAAAAUCCUUGUGACGUUCAGCCCAAUCCAAUAUGAGACUGCACAACUCACGAUUCAACUGGUGAUCUCUCAGUUCAACUCUAAGCCUUACCUCUGCACCAUCACAGGGAGCUCCGCCCCCUACCUCACCUCCUACAGAGAAGUCAUGCAGAAAUCAAUGGUCCCGGGUGACUGCAAAGGUUCGCCACCCAAAACGUCCUUAGCUAAUAAAGUGAAAUUCAGGGCACCAAAGGAAGCUUUACAGACGGGUAAGAGUCAGGCAGAUGUUAAGUCAAGUUUGGACCCCAAAGUGGAUCCCUGUACCCCUGCAGGAGUGUCAAAGAUGCUUAUUAAAGACAGUUGCAAACUCACCUCCAAGGACCUGAGAGACGUCAUAUCAGGGGGCAGCAUGGUGGGUCUGAAGAACCGCCAGAUGAAGGAGGCGUUCUUUGUCAAGCAGGUGCAGCAAUAUAUGAGAGACGAGCAGGCCAACUCCCUGAAGCGACAAGUUCAUCUGGGGAAGGACCCCGUGUCAGACCGCUGCAGGAAGCAGAUACUGAACGAAAGAGAGAUUGCUCGGAAAGAGUACAUGGCAAGACGAGGCAUUGUGCGGGACGGUCAGGAGUUUGUCUUUGGGCAACCUCGACUUUCUUCAGUCAGGGUGCUUUGCGACGCUGGACAGACGCCCACUGGAUCUCCAUCCUUCCAGUAUUACUCCAGCUUCAACUGGGAGCUAAAACACAGAGCUCUUAGACUCUUCCAGCAAGCAGCACGCAAGGUUUUAAUCCGAUGUCGCAUGAAUCGCAGGCUGGCCUUGUUGAAGCACAGGCGCCCUCCCUCUGAGCAGAAAGUUGCAGAGGAGAAGCUGUAUGAUUGGACGAUAUCCCCUGACCAAGUCUUCGCUUCCUCUUUUCCCAUUUUCUCUGAAAUUGAUGACACCGAUCAGCUGGUUCAGGUUCCAACUACUCUUGAGACGUUGCCAGUGGAACAUGUCACCAUGCACAUUCCUUACUUUGAGCUCCAGAUUCCAGAGCACUACAGGGUCAUGGGCUAUCGGCCUGUCACCACAUGGGAUGCAUUCAGCACUUACAUCCCCACUACUCUCGCCAGGCCACUGCGCACGGACAAUCUGGUAAUGAUUGCUGUGGAUCUGAAGCAAGGCAAGCAAGAAAUGGAGGAAGAAGAGGUACCUUCACUGGAUCUGAAUGUCACCUUUCCAGAAGCUCUCCUCAAACCUGUGUCAGCGCACCCGCUGAGAAUAUUUAACCCUGCUCCAGGACUGCAGACUUACAAGCCAACACCUAAAUAUCUGGAGAGUGAUUUGGAGUACCACCUGUGCCCCUUGCCCAGGUACCCACCGGUUGAUAAAAGCCCUGGAAAAUGUCAGGAGCGCAAGGUGACGAUUGAAGAGAUAUUGACGUGGAAGAAUUUUGACUCAAUCACCACACACUACCUGUCAACACGUCAGACACAAACAACUGACUUUGCAAUGCGGAGCUGUGUGGACUACAACCCAGAUAUCCUUCCUGUGGUGACCCCUCCUGCACUGAGCAGCCCCCUCGCAGACAUGCCAGCACCCGAAGACGACGCGUGGGAAAACGCUGCGAUCCAACUGACACCUCAGAUGAUCAGAGCUGAAUUCUUGUCUGGGGAAGUGGGCGCGCACCUGGCCGCAACACUGGCUGGAUGGCAGCUGAGAGAGCAUCAGAUUGAGGCGACCUACAAGCCGAAGUUCAACCAGAUGGGAAAAAGAGUGAUGGCCAUGCUGAAACAGCUCGGACCUGCCGACGAACCUCCUCCUUCAUUAUGUCAGAAGCCGGAUUAGGUGCAAAACACCCCACGUUCAUCCAUCAUCAGGUGGGCGUGUGCAUGCAAAUGCACAGUUCACCGAUAUAUGGAGGAUGAGCGGCAUAUUUUUAAGCAUGCAUUAAAAUGUGAAAGGGAAAGUGAAUACACAAGUGUCACUUCUGUAGCAGUUAGCUCCCACCCACGCCCACCUUUAAGCCUCACAACCACCCACCACUAAGCUUCCUGCUCUUAUGAAGCCGGAAAUUUGUUACGCCACCACCCACGCACACACAUUUAUAAACAACAUCCGGCGUCCCCCAGCUUAAAAAUGCCAUAAAUAACCAUCACUGUCAAGUCAAACUGAACUUUUUUACCUUUGCAUGAACAAAAAAAGGUGUCCAUCAUCUGUCAGAUGAUGAAGAAAUGGAAAAGGCACACACAUCCGACCAGAAGAGGGCGCCCCAGCUCUGAUUAAAUCACAUUUAUUUAACAGCAUGCCAUGGAGAGUAAGCUUCUCAAGCACAUAGGAGUAUUCUUGGAUGUCUUUGAAAGGGUACGUUGCUUAGACACCAGGACUGACCCUCAUGCCUGCAGCAGCUCUGUGACUGCAUGAAGACGCAGAUGAAGACAGAAGAAGGUGCCUUUCAGAGGACGUUAGUCCAUCGCCUCUGUUGCUCAUGAAACCCAUUCUCCAUCAUUAACAUUUCAUUUUAUUUAGGUCCACAUGCUGGUGUUGUGAUCCAGACAAUCUGUUUCCAAGUGCAGUACUGUCACAUAUAUUUCAUUAAAGCUGUGGCAGUGAUAUACACUAAAUAAGUCAUGGACAGAGUAAGAAUAGAAGCAGGAUUGUGUGAGAGACUGAUGAAAGGGGGACAGCUAACAGCCACUGUGUAUAAUUCAUUCAGCCAGCUGUUCGCAUCUACGGUUCCAUCUUUAAUGGUUCUUAUAAUCUACACUUGACUUUAACGCACAGGGGUUUGCUCAGGACAUAUAGGAUUCCACACAUGCGCAGCCCAGGUUGUGGUUUGAACAUCAACGUUCCAAAGUCGUGGUGUGUAUGAGUCAGUUUGGACGGAGAUUCGGGUCGUUUUCUUCUUUGAUUCACCUCUGCACAAAGAGGUGGGUCACUGGACUUCAACUUCAACUGCCAUAAACAAAUCAGAAAAACAUUGCUGACAUUAUCCUCGACUGUUUGUGAGGUUCCGCCGAGGAACACGCAGGAGUCGGCGCACGUCUCAUCCCUGCUGGUAAUAGCCGAAGUGGUGGCAAGGUGCCCUGAACCAUUUGCAGAGCGAAAUCACCAUCUAAAUUAAAGCAGUGGCACUCGUCUUCUUCUAUCAAAAUUGGGUGCAUUUGAGUGGGAGGAACUACUGAGCCGGCGCAGCAUGGUGUCUGAGCGUUGCCCUGCCAAACAAGGUUUUAAUAGGAACGUAUCAAGGAAAUGAAAGUAGGUGAACUGAAACUUUCUGUCAUGUUGCUGUUGCUUUUAUGUAGUUUAAGUCCAGGUCUGUCUCAUAAAUAAUCCAUUGUUGUUUCUGGGAUAGAGUGGGUCUACCCCUGAUGGUGGCUGCCCUCCUCCCUCAAACGCCUAUGAAAGAUUUUUUUAUUUUAUUUUGGCACAGAUUUAUUCAUAUAUACCAGUGUUUUGUGUAAAUAUUUCAUACAAAAUGUCCUUUUCUUUAUUAAAUAGUCAUUCGAACAUAACAAGGACAAUGUCAAAUGGAACCAGUUAAAGCACAGUGAGGUCGUCGGUGUUGUUGAAUGUUAUUUUAAAAGCAUUCAAAUGAGUCCAGUUCUGCUGUGGAAGUCAAGAUUAUUUAUGAAGCACUUUAAAGGCACGCGAGCUUGCUCUUUUCAUGGGCUGGCAAAUUGAUAUUGACCCAAGUGGAACACUGUGGUGCCAUGGUACUCAAUAGGCGGCCCCCGGGCCACAUCCAGCCUGCUAGUUGAGCUGCUCGUCCAUGAACCACCUCUGGCAAGCGCAUUUUAAAGGUCAGUGUUGUGUAUUGCUGAAGGCCCGCCUCAUGUUUGAAGAGUUAUUUUGGCUUCUCAGAACAUAAACUCCUGAGUGGUUGGUGCGAUUACAAAAGUUCAAAUGGUUCCUGAAAGCAGAUGAUGCAUAUUAAAGGUAUAGACAUCACUAAACACUCCACCAUUUCAGCAGUGAGUUUGGUGAGAAGGAGCGAGGCAAGCAGACAGCAGCGCUGGUUUGCAGCACAAUAUAUGGAAGGUUGAUUAUGUCAGAAAACUGUUCGAGGCGCUCCACAGGGGGCCACAGUGGGUGCAGGUUUUUGUUCCAAACAAUCACGAGGACGCAAUUUCACCAGUCAGGUGUGUUAGGAGUGUAAUCAGUUGAUUGUCAGUCGGCCGCUGCAUGUUUCAGUUUAAAUCUCAUGCGUCACUGGUUGCAACAAAAACCUGCACCACCUUCGACAAACAAAAAAACAUAGUGUUGUUGAAUAACUGACAAAUAUUGAUCAAAGAUUUAAACUGGAGGACAAUUAUUUCAACAGUUCUCAACAAUUGACAAAAAAGUGUGUAUUCAUUCUUCUUCUCAUCCAGCACAACACUCAUGCUUAAAAUGAGGGUGGAUACUACGUCAACUGGGAAUUGCUUUGCAUUUAAAUCACUGUAUCCUUCAACCAUUCAUGCCAUUUGGUCAUGAGACAUGAAAUCUUUUUUUGUUAAAUCUGCUGAAAUAAUGACUUAAUCCUGCAGUAUGUUCAUGCCAGGAAAACUGUCAUGCCUGCUGUUGCAGAAUCAGUUAGUUUGCUUGUGUAUGUUCAUGUCUUUCUGAAAAUAUGGCAUGGUGGUCUGUUCUGUUCAUCUGCCCAUCACUCUGACAGUUGGUGCAAAAAAAAAAAAAAAAAAAGAGCCACGACUUGUGAUCGACUUAUGAAUUCACCUUUUCAGUUUGUGCAAUAAGAUUAUGUGGCUUUUAUUGUGCGCUUACUUUAUGGUUUGUGAUGAAACGCUGCCAUAAAUUCCUUGUUUAUUCACUCUGAGAGAUUAUAGGAUUUGGAAUGGAUGUACUGUUUGUGCAGCUGGAAGGAAUUCAUUCUUUUACCAGCACUGUUGAUACUGAAGUCAUCUGCGGAAGUUCAAAACCAAAAGAGGCUAAUGUGCCUAACUUGUUGGUGAGAUUGAAUGCAUCUAUAUCCAAAGAUAACUGUUGUAUACUAACAGCUAAAACUGAAAGAAAUCCUCGACAAAAAAAGCCCUCGCCAACAUUUUUGAGCUCAAAGGUCUAGCUGCUUCUUGGUCCAACAGGUGGAUUGAAAACUGAAUUUUUUGAUUCCCUCUCUGUGUAAGCCAUCAGCUCUCACAUAUUCUCCUACAGCGAGAAAGAUCUUGCUGUUAAUGACCUUCAAUGGAGACACCCUUAUGUUUUCACUCCUAAUUCAUUGUAUUUUCAAAUGUCACAGCGCUGCAACCUUUGACAUAGCCUCAAGCAAUGGGAAAUGAUCUUGGAGGCUUCCCCGAGCAGCGCUGGGUUGCAGUGUUGUUCAUCAAUCUCUGCUGCUGGCUGAGUUAAAUAAUUGUUUUUUUUCUGACUGAUGUAAGCUGAUGUGGUAAUGGAUCAUGAGAAGCCUAAAUGAAAGGGCUGGUUGGUUCUUUAUCACCCGAGAGUUGGCACAUUAGCAAAUGUCCACCUUCUAGAGAGGAAAUGGUUUCCUCUGACAUCACAUUAAAAUGGUAAAACGGCGUACUGGCCCUCAGGCAAAGAUGUAAUGGAAUAGAUUCCCUCCUCCUUUAGGGAGUAAGACCAGACACUGUGAAUUGUGUAAUCAAAUUUGCUGAAAAGGAUGGCUAACUUAGCCCGGAUUAGCCUCCUCACAGUAGCACAGGAAAGCUUUGCCAGAGGGGAGCAGGUCCAACUGAUGCUCAAUGACCCCAAACUACAUGGACAGUGAGGGGACAAUGUUUUGAUCCUUGUUGGCAUGGAAAGCUGCCAUUUGCUUAUAAGGAUAUAUCAAGGAACAUUAUUGGACAUAUGAAGCUGUGGGAAUCAUGAUAUUUUACUUAUGAUCAUAUUUAUCAAGUAUCUGCGAUUGAAUAAAUGCUUUGUCUAAUGAAAAACUGAAUCCAACAGACGCAGUCAUAAUGGGUAAGGUAACCUCAGUUUGAUCCAGUAUGAGAGGCGUGUAUGAUAAGGAUAGUGGGGAGAGAUGCGUGGAUGGAAGAGUGAGUCAUGAAAGGCAGGAACCACCGGGUACCAGGACAAAGGAGGAACCCAGGAGACAUCUAACCCAGAACCGGUCCAAACAGCUUGAGCUGAGCCUGAGUUUGUGGGAACAAACAUCUACCUUCCCCCAAGUGAAGGAAUGUGGAAGAUAAGGAACCUCUGGCACAGCGAUGGGUCAGGAGGAUGAAUUAUGGACCCAGGCAGAGCCAGGCAGAGAUGGGACCAGCCAGUCCACCAGCAGAAGCAAGCCAAUCAGAGGAGGGGACUGGAUUAUCUGUUUACAGCUUUCCACCCAAAAAAGGCCAGGAAAUGGGCAACAACAAGAGGAUUCAUCAACGUCGCUCCAAACCAAGGGGUGUCGAAACCAGAUCAGGAAUGUGGCGCCAUGGCAACGGGGACCCCAAGAGCCCAGGACCAAUCAGUGGAGACUACACCCCAAGAUGAACUGAAAUGUGUCAUAAAAGGGUCAGGGCCAGAGAUAGUCUUUGUCACUCUACACCACUGGAGCUAAGGCUAAGUCAGGCGUAGUUGUGGACCCAGAGCUCUGUUAGGGUAAUUAGACUCCUCUGUCAGGGAAUAAAUUCUUUUGGAUUUUAAG